AUGACAGUGUUUUUGAGUUUUAGGGGUGAAGACACUCGUACGAAUUUCGUUGAUCAUCUUUAUCAGGCUCUUAACCAAAAAAGCAUUCAUACAUACAAGGACGACCAGAGAAUCAAAAAAGGGAAAAACAUCAAUGAUGAACUCAUCAGAUCCAUUGAGGACUCAAAACUCUACAUCAUUGUUUUCUCCAAAAACUAUGCCUCGUCAUCUUGGUGCUUGGAAGAACUUGUUAAGAUAAUGGAGUGCCAAAGGAAAAAUGAGCAUACCGCUUACCCCUUGUUCUAUGAUGUGGAACCUUCAGAAGUCCUCAAACAAAAGAGGGCAGUGGCAGAAGCCUUUGCAGAACAUGAAAACGAAGAAGCUGCUGGGAAAUGGAGAGAGGCUCUGAAAGAAGCAGCGACUGCUGAUGGGCAUGAAGCUACAUUCAUCAAACAAAUAGUUGAAGCGCUUUCACUAGAUUUAAGAUCCAUCGGAUUCAACAUUGAUGAAAAAUUAGUUGAAAUGGAGUCCCGAAUCAAGGAAGUUGCAUCAUCUUUAGGAGAGGGAUUUGAUGAUGUUCGGAUGAUUGGAAUCAAGGGGAUUGGAGGUGGUGGGAAGACAACUUUGGCCAGAGCUAUUUUUGAUCAAAUAGCUAUUCAAUUCGAAGGUAAAAGCUUCAUUGAGAAUGUCAGAGAAGUUUCAAAUGCUUCUUUGUUUGGUUUAAAGACAUUGCAAAAUCAAGUCCUUUCAGAUGUCUUAAAUGAUAAAGAUUUCAGCGUUAGUAGUGUUUAUGAUGGGAAACACAUGGUGAAGAGAAUGCUGCAUGAUAAAAAGCCGGGAAGUAGAAUUAUAAUCACAACAAGAGAUGAACAAGUGUUGGUAGCACACCGAGUGAAGUUCAUUCAUGAUGACAAUCUUUUAUCGGAUAAGGAAGCAAGUUUCCUCUUCAAUGGGUAUGCAUUUGGGAGAGAGAUUCCAAUUCAAGGGUAUGAAGAUCUAUCAAGACAAGUUGUACGUUAUGCAGCUGGUCUUCCCUUAACAAUCAAAGCUCUGGGUUCGUUUCUUUGUGGUAAAAAUGAGCCUGAAUGGAUAGAUGCUUUAGACAGACUAAAAACGAUUCCAUUAGCAGAAACUCUGAAAAAGUUAAAAUUAAGCUAUAUCGGUCUAGAGGAGGAUCACAAGGAAAUAUUCCUAGAUGUUGCAUGCAUGUUUAAAGGUUGGCAGAAAGACUUAGCAAUAGCAACUCUUGAAAUAUGUGGAUUUCAUGCUAGAACUGCUUUAAAAGUUCUUGAGCAAAAAUCUCUCAUAACUAACUAUGAUAAUUCUGAUUCUCAUAAGUGUCUGGGCAUGCACGACCAUAUUGAAGAAAUGGGCAAGAAUAUUGGUACUAAAGCAAUAAAAUGUAUACGGUUCUACACCAAUAAACUUAAUCCGUAUACUGUUGUAAAAGGUCUUGGAAAGAUGAAGGAACUUAGAUUUCUCUCUGUGGUUUUCGGUGGUCAUUUCUGUAAUACAGAAUCUGAUAUAGUCAGCCCAGAUUUUCCAAAUGCUUUAAGAUAUCUGGAAUUUAAUCAGUACCCUUUUAGGUCUUUAACCAAAACAUUGCUGGCAAAUAAUCUUGUUGAACUUAAGAUGGCUCACAGCAAAGUUGUACAACUUUGGGAAGGAGGAGAAAGAAAGGUUUUUAGGAAACUCAGAUUCCUUGACCUCAGUUGUUCGAUGCUUAGUAUCCUUGACCUCAGGCUUACUCCAAAUCUUGAGCCUUGA